UGCAAUUGUAUUUUGUGUAAAGAAAUACAAUUAAAAAGAAACUGUAGAAGUAGAACAAGUUAAAAAAUACAACAAAACCUUUGCAAAUUUAGUGAAAAAGUUCUAAGCAGGAAAUAGCAUAACAUCAAAAUGGUUGAUAAAUUCAUAUCGAUGUGGAAAGUGCGCGAAUUGGCGGACAUGGUCACCAAUGUCGUAAUGAAUUAUACAGAAAUUGAGGGUAAAGUUCGCGAAGCAACAAAUGAUGAUCCUUGGGGACCAACUGGUCCCCUAAUGCAAGAAUUAGCGCAUGCAACUUUUUCAUAUGAAAGUUUCCCUGAAGUAAUGUCAAUGUUAUGGAAAAGAAUGUUACAGGACAAUAAAACUAAUUGGCGUCGUACAUAUAAGAGUUUACUUUUACUAAGCUACCUAGUACGAAAUGGUUCAGAACGAGUUGUUACGUCUUCAAGAGAACAUAUAUAUGAUUUACGCUCACUUGAAAAUUAUACCUUUACUGACGAAGGUGGUAAGGACCAAGGUGUUAAUGUUAGACAUAAGGUGAGAGAAUUAAUAGACUUUAUACAAGACGAUGAUCGAUUACGAGAAGAACGUAAAAAGGCGAAGAAAAAUAAAGACAAGUACGUUGGAAUGAGUUGUGAUGGUAUGGGUGGGCGCUCACUGAAUAGUAAUAGUGGUAGUUAUGAUUCAUGGAAUAAUUCCCGAAAUUAUCAUGGAGAUAAUUGGUAUUCAGAUUCACGUGGUGAUCGCUAUGAGGAUGAUGAAACACAGUAUGAAGGUGAAAAGGAGUUUUCUGAUAGUGAUUCCCCAAGUCCUAGAAAUUAUCGACAAAAUGAUCGGGCAAGCCCAGCUGAUAUAGCUUCUGAAAUUAAACCAAAUACUAUUAAUAUGAAUAUACGAACAAAAUCUGGUUCAAAUUCAUCCACAACAAUAACAAAACAACCUGCUAAACCCGUAGCUGGUUCAAAAAAACUCGAUUUAGGAGCAGCUGCUAAUUUUGGUAAAAUGUCAAGUUCUGCCGCUGGUAUACAUUCACCAACUCAUCGUGAUACACCGCUUAGUAGCAAUGAUUUAAUUGAUAGUGGAACAUCAAUCACAAAUAGUAACUCAUCAACAACGGGUCAAGGUAAUACCAAUAGUAAUAAUGUAGCGGAUGAUCUUUUUAAAACAUGUUCACCACGUAUAGUUGGUGAUAAAACAAACUUAGCUAUGUUAGCUAAUGACAUGGAUGAUUUCAAUCCACGUGCUAGUGAAACUCAACAGGAAUUUGGAGAUUUUACAGCAGCAUUUGGUAGUGCGCAACAACCAAGUACUGGUAUUAUCAAUACCUCUGAUGAAUUUGCUGACUUUUCUGCUUUUCAAGAAAGCGCACCUACCGCAACAAAUUCCUCACAACUUAUUGCUGGUGGCUUGGAUAGUAACUUGUUUAAUCCAAUAGCUCCCUCUAAUGAAAAUUUCGAUUUAUUUAACCCUACAACGGGAAUCAAAGCUAAUAAUACAGUUACCACCGGUGCAACUACUGCUACCGAUCUUCUAGCCGGACUGGGAGAUCUCUCAAUACAUCAAACUAUGCCAAUGGACAAUAUUCUUCCACCAAUUGCUGUUUCCAACAAUAAUAUUGACCUUUUACAACCCAUCAACGCUAACAAUAACAACAACAAUAAUAAUAAUAAUCAGAAUUCAACAGGAACUCCUGAAAGCAAUGCAAAUACAACAACACAAAAUGUUGGUGCCACAUGGUCAGGAAAUCUAAAUGCAGGCAAUUUAAAUAUUGAUUUGGAUAAUUUACUGAAGAGUAAAUCCAGCAAAUCAAAUACACCAGCACUCUCAAUGAAUGCGCUCAAAACUCAAACGCCAACCAAGUUACCAAACAAUCAAGCGCUCAAUAUACAAACGCCAACGAUGGGUAACUUCAAUGCUUUUAGUGGCAUAUCACCACUUACAAGUCCAGGCUAUAGUGCACCUACUGGAAUGAGUAACACAAACUUCUUCAAUGCAACUCAAAGCAUUCCACAGCAGCAACAACAACAACCAGCCAUGUUUGCAAAUUUUAAUGCACUCAAUAAACCAAACUUGUCACAAACCCAGCAACAACAACAACAAAAUAUUGUUAAUAAUAAUUUACAGACACAAUCUUUUGAUCUGUUCCAAUGAUAUUGUCUUAUGAUCUAAAAUUUUUAUGUUUUCUAGAAAUUUAAUUAUUUUUUGUUUUAUGCAAUUAUUAUAUAUAUAUAUGUAUAUGUUAUUAUGUUAUUCUCUUAAAUAUGUUUGAUGAAAGAGAUUAUGGCAUUUGUGUUAUAUGACUUACGUAUAG